AAACUUGGAAAGUGUAGACUUCUUGUUUUAUCAGCAGUCGAAAUGAUAUUGUAAAUAUCAUUUCGAUAGGUGCUUUUAUCAUCCCAUCAACAAGAUAAGUGCUUUUAUCAUCCCAUCAACAAUAUAUUCAUUUUUGACGAAGUCUGAACAGAAUCACUUACAAAAAAAGUUGCAUAAUUUUUUGUUUAAACUGCAAGCAAUACUUUUUAAUUUUUUAAAUAGUUCUUAGUGUUUAAAAUUAACUACUUUUCAAAGUUAUUUUGUUGUGAUGAAAGUCUGAGUUAUCUGCAUAAAAGAGUGUCUUCAUAGUGGAAAGGUAACAACUGGUCUGCAUUUAAUUAACAAAUAGGGAAAACUAUGUUAUGCUGCCAAUCCAUUCCUCUGCUAGAAACCAAAACUAUCAUGAAUUUUAGUGUAUCUGCACCACUGUACUAUUGGUUGACCAAAUAAUGUAUUUAAACAGCAUCAUGCAUCACUAGUGACUUAUUAAAACUACCAGCUGCAAAAUUUGUUGAGAAGAGAGUGGAAUGGAAGAGGAUGCUAAAGAAGUUUAUAGUCCAUCUUGGGCUUACCAUGUCUAUAGAAGUAGAUCAGAUCCAUAGCUUCAUUCACCUUCAUGACUUUCAACAUCAAAUUAGUUCUCUUCAGCAGGUCUUUAUACAUUUACAUGAGAUGGUAUCCAUUGUAAAUGGAGGACAGAAGAAUUGGGCAAAGUCAUUUCUCAAGAUUUGAAAGAGAUAAUAUUCCUGUAGAGAUUUUACCAUUUCUGAAGCAAAGACCUGAAUUGACAAUUAUGAAACAAGGUGAAAAAACUAAAAGGAAUUAUUAUCAUUGUGAAUUUUGCCCAUAUGAAACUAGUUCUCAACAGCUUUUCCAGAAUCAUCUUGAGGAUCACAAAUCGUCUAAAGCACAGUCUUGUAAUCAGUGUGGCAAGGUGUUCAAAAAUCUUAGUAAACUUCAUGCUCAUAUGCAGUGUCAUGAAGUGGGUAAGCCUUAUAUUUGUGUGUACUGUGAGAAAAAAUUUAAACGUCAGUCAUCUCUGAAGGUUCAUAUAAAGACUCAUUUUUACUGUGAAAGCUGUCCUGUGUGCAAAAAAAGCUUUAGUGAUGCUACUGCUUUGAAGAAACACAUGUUGGUGCAUAAACCCCAACAGAUUGAGAAUUAUCAAAUGUAAACUGUUUCUUACAUAUCUUCAUAAUUUUAUUAUAUAUAUCAAUUUCUUAAUAGUUGUAUCUAACUGAAUUAUUAAAUUUCUGAGAAGUGAAAUGUUGAAUUUUUAUAAAAAUGUUUCGCAUAUUUAAUGUUUUAUGCCAAGCACUCAUUAAAAUAAAUGUAUUAAAAUGUU